AUGGGACUAGAGGACCAGGAAGGCAGGGGACCAGAGGACCAGGAAGGCAGGGGACUAGAGGACCAGGAAGGCAGGGGACUAGAGGACCAGGAAGGCAGGGGACCAGAGGACCAGGAAGGCAGGGGACUAGAGGACCAGGAAGGCAGGGGACUAGAGGACCAGGAAGGCAGGGGACUAGAGGACCAGGAAGGCAGGGGACUAGAGGACCAGGAAGGCAGGGGACUAGAGGACCAGGAAGGCAGGGGACCAGAGGACCAGGAAGGCAGGGGACUAGAGGACCAGGAAGGCAGGGGACCAGAGGACCAGGAAGGCAGGGGACCAGAGGACCAGGAAGGCAGGGGACUAGAGGACCAGGAAGGCAGGGGACUAGAGGACCAGGAAGAGGACCAGGAAGGCAGGGGACUAGAGGACCAGGAAGGCAGGGGACCAGAGGACCAGGAAGGCAGGGGACUAGAGGACCAGGAAGGCAGGGGACUAGAGGACCAGGAAGGCAGGGGACUAGAGGACCAGGAAGGCAGGGGACCAGAGGACCAGGAAGGCAGGGGACUAGAGGACCAGGAAGGCAGGGGACCAGAGGACCAGGAAGGCAGGGGACCAGAGGACCAGGAAGGCAGGGGACUAGAGGACCAGGAAGGCAGGGGACUAGAGGACCAGGAAGGCAGGGGACUAGAGGACCAGGAAGGCAGGGGACUAGAGGACCAGGAAGGCAGGGGACUAGAGGACCAGGAAGGCAGGGGACUAGAGGACCAGGAAGGCAGGGGACUAGAGGACCAGGAAGGCAGGGGAAUAGAGGACCAGGAAGGCAGGGGACCAGAGGACCAGGAAGGCAGGGGACCAGAGGACCAGGAAGGCAGGGGACCAGAGGACCAGGAAGGCAGGGGACCAGAGGACCAGGAAGGCAGGGGACCAGAGGACCAGGAAGGCAGGGGACCAGAGGACCAGGAAGGCAGGGGACCAGAGGACCAGGAAGGCACGGGACUAGAAGACCAGGAAGGCAGGGGACUAGAGGACCAGGAAGGCAGGGGACCAGAGGACCAGGAAGGCAGGGGACUAGAGGACCAGGAAGGCAGGGGACUAGAGGACCAGGAAGGCAGGGGACUAGAGGACCAGGAAGGCAGGGGACUAGAGGACCAGGAAGGCAGGGGACUAGAGGACCAGGAAGGCAGGGGACCAGAGGACCAGGAAGGCAGGGGACCAGAGGACCAGGGAAGGCAGGGGACCAGAGGACCAGGAAGGCAGGGGACCAGAGGACCAGGAAGGCAGGGGACCAGAGGACCAGGAAGGCAGGGGACUAGAGGACCAGGAAGGCAGGGGACUAGAGGACCAGGAAGGCAGGGGACUAGAGGACCAGGCAGGGGACCAGAGGACCAGGAAGGCAGGGGACUAGAGGACCAGGACGGCAUGGGACCAGGAAGGCAGGGGACUAGAGGACCAGGAAGGCUGGGGACCAGAGGACCAGGCAGGCAGGGGACCAGAGGACCAGGAAUGCAGGGGACUAGAGGACCAGGAAGGCAGGGGACUAGAGGGCCAGGCAGGGGACCAGAGGACCAGGAAGGCAGGGGACUAGAGGACCAGGAAGGCAGGGGACUAGAGGACCAGGAAGGCAGGGGACCAGAGGACCAGGAAGGCAGGGGACCAGGAAGGCAGGGGACUAGAGGACCAGGAAGGCAGGGGACCAGAGGACCAGGAAGGCAGGGGACCAGAGGACCAGGAAGGCAGGGGACCAGAGGACCAGGAAGGCAGGGGACCAGAGGACCAGGAAGGCAGGGGACCAGAGGACCAGGAAGGCAGGGGACUAGAGGACCAGGAAGGCAGGGGACUGGAGGACCAGGAAGGCAGGGGACUAGAGGACCAGGAAGGCAGGGGACUGGAGGACCAGGAAGGCAGGGGACUAGAGGACCAGGCAGGGGACCAGAGGACCAGGAAGGCAGGGGACCAGAGGACCAGGAAGGCAGGGGACUAGAGGACCAGGAAGGCAGGGGACUAGAGGACCAGGAAGGCAGGGGACUAGACGACCAGGAAGGCAGGGGACUAGACGACCAGGAAGGCAGGGGACUAGAGGACCAGGAAGGCAGGGGACCAGAGGACCAGGAAGGCAGGGGACUAGAGGACCAGGAAGGCAGGGGACUAGAGGACCAGGCAGGGGACCAGAGGACCAGGAAGGCAGGGGACCAGAGGACCAGGAAGGCAGGGGACUAG